GUACCAUGGAUACUGCAUUCUGUCAACCACUGCAGGUGUAUAACUUGCCAUAUCACAAUACAGCGCUGUAGACAGCACUCCCACGCGAGAUGUCAGGUUGCCCGAUUUGUUACCGCACUAUUCCGUUGGAGGACGAAGCAUACGUUGGGACCUGCUUUCAUCGCUUCUGUGUGGGAUGCAUCCGCGAGUGGACGCACGCGCAGAGACGGCAUCCGUCCGUCGGCCCCUCGUAUACCUGCCCCAUGUGCAAGCGGCCCUAUGAGUACAUCCUCUACGAUUGCGUGCUCAAGUCCUUCCGGACGGAGUAUGUGGACGAGGCGGCGGAGCGGCGGGCGCGGGCAGCUGGCGACCCUGGUGGCGCCGCAAUGGCCCUGUCGGCCGGGCACCGCCGCCGCAGAGCCCUUUACGUUCACAGCGGCUCAGGGCCUGAUGCAGCCGGCGCAUCGGUAGCUUCUGGAUACGCGGGCGCUGCCCCUGGCGCGGGUGGAGUAACGGCAGAGGGUGUAGCAGGCUUGGCGCCGCCAGCUGCAGCGGGGCGCGCAGCGCGUGGCGGUGGCGGGCGAGCGGCGAUGGCGGCGUUCGGUUCUGGCGCCAUCCGCCGAGGCGCGGAUGACCCCGAGUUGCAGACCUUUGUGAAGCGGGAGUUGCAGGCGGUGCUGCUGCAGGAGGACGUGGCGCUGGUGGCGCAGCACGUGCUGGGCGUGGUGCGCGGCGUGGCGGGCGCGGUGGCGUCCGGCAGCGGCCGCGCUGGCGCGGCGGGCCGUGGCGGGCAGCCAGGACUGGCGCUCGCGCCGGGCAGGAACAAGUACGUGCCUCAGCCUAAGCGACCUCGUACGGCCGCAGCUGCGCAAGGCCCUGCCGCCACAGUUCAGGAAUUGGAGGCAGCCCUAUGCCGUGAGGCAACUUGCUUUCUCCAAGCUGACGCGCAGGAGUUUGCGCAUCAGGUGGGCCUCUUCCUCACCAGCGGCCUGAGCGUGAAGGCUUACGAUGAGCUUGUAUUUGGUAGCGCUGAGGAUUACCACACAACUCAGGACAGGCAAGAAGGUGGCCCUGCGGAUGGAGCCACGGGCUCCGCUGGAGGCGCAGCCGCGUAUGCUGGUUUGGAUGGGGGCGACGCGGGGGGCAGUGCUGGCGCAGGCAGAGACUCAGGGGUCGCUGGCAGCAGGCGGGUUUCGGGAACAGACGUGAUAAACCUUGUUGACAGUGACACCGAUGGGGGUGGUGACGACUUUGGAUAUGAGGAGUACAGCGACGAGUGAGCAGCCAGGAUGAUCUAGGGAAUGGUGUGUAUGAGUCGUGUGCGUGACCAGGGACGCACUCUUGGCUUCCGCUGUCAUUGUGCACAUUAUGUACCGAGUGAUCAAGCUUUUCAAGCA